UAUAAAGAGUGCUGGAAAACACAUGGCUCAUUCAUUCAUUUAGUGGCAGUGGAGCUACUUUCUACUUUGAGACUUCAUACACAACAGUUGUUAUGGUUCACUUUGGGGUUUUCGUGCUGGGCUUCUCUUUGCCUUUCUGGAGCUUCACGGCAGGUCACACAGAGGAUAAAGGGCGUCAUCUGGUUGGACCACGACAGCCAAUCGAGGCCUCUGAGGGCGAUGACGUAAUCCUCCCGUGUUCUGUGUCGCCCGACUAUAACGUUGAGGAUCUGACCGUGGAGUGGUCCCUUCCCGACCUGAAGCCCGACCCCUCGGACCGCCUCAGCCGCGUCGAGUACGUCUUUGUGUACCGGAGGAGGAGAGAGGAAGUGGACAUGAAGCUGCAGAAGUUCGUCGGGAGGACGGAGCUGUUCGAGGACGAGCUGAAGGUCGGAAACAUCUCGUUAAAGAUCAGCAACGUGACGCUCGCUGACGCCGGAAAAUACCGAUGUUUCAUCCCUAAGUUAAAGGGCCGCGUGAAGGAGGCGGUCGUACGACUCGUUGUUGAACCCAGAGCCAACAUCACGUUGACGACAGAAACACAAACGAAUUCGCAAACUCCAGAUCCUAACCAAGAGACGGAUGUUAAAGUUGGUCAGCCUGAACUGUGGAUCCUGGUUCUCUCCGUCUGCAUCUUACUCGUCAUGGUAGUUGUUGGGUUUAGUUAUUUCCUUAUAAAACGAUGUGUAAGUGAGAAGGAAACCAAACGUUGUAUCAUUUGAUGAAACCAAUUCGUGCUGCUCAAAGUGGAUUUGAAGAAGGAAUCUAGAAGACAGGUUUGUGGAAAGAAGAACAUCCUGCAGGACGUUACAGGAACUUUAAGUCUCUGAACACACGAUCAGCCACUACAUUAGAGGACAUCGACUUCGUGGCAGCGCUGCUUUAAAUGUUGGAUUU